AUGCUGCCCACGCCCUUCUCGGUGAGGCACAUCCUCAGCCUGGAGGCUCCCGGGGCUCCCCGAGCCGGGCAGGACGAGCCGCGGCCGCGUAAGUGCCCGCGGGACUCUGCGGAGACGGGCGGAGGAGGCACCGGGGGGACCCCGCGGAGCCGCUCUCGUUCCCCCGGAAAACCUCUGCCCUCCCGGAGCUGUGAGGCCGAGGAGAAGCCGGGCGGGUCCGGCCGGGCUCCGGGGCAGCAGCGGCGGCGGCGGCCGCGCGUUCUGUUCUCGCAGGCUCAGGUGCUGGAGCUGGAGCGGCGCUUCCAGCGGCAGAAAUACCUGUCGGGGCCCGAACGGGAGCUGCUGGCUCGGCACCUGCGGCUCAGCCCCACGCAGGUGAAGAUUUGGUUCCAAAACCGGCGCUACAAGAGCAAGAGGCAGCGGCGGGAGCUGCCCCCGCGCCCGGUGCCGGUGCCGGUGCCGGUGCUGGUGCGGGAUGGCGAACCCUGCCCCGGCUGCUCCCGGCAUUUCCCGGCGAUUCCUCCUCCUGGAAUUCCUCCCUGCGCGAUUCCUCCCUGCGCGAUUCCUCCUUCUGCAAUUCCAGGCGCUUUUCCCCGCGGUUCUUACCGGGGUGGCGGCGCUUUGGGGUACCCCGGGGUGUCCCCAGGUGCCACCGCCGGCGGUGCCCAGCGCCAGCCCCCGGCUCCUCCUGCGGGAAUCGGCGCUGGGAGAUGGGGCUGA